AUGUCUACCGUUUUAUCUACUACCUCUUCUUUAUCUACAAAUGCUAUCCAUCAAACGUUUCAAAUUUUGUCUUCUCAAGCAAAUAUACCACCUGCACCACAUUGGUAUUCACGUUCUGAGCAAACUUAUGAAGCAGCUGAAGCGAGAUUAUUAUCAAAAAUGCAAUAUUAUGGAAUGGAAGGGAAAACAACAGGUACACCGGGGGACUCGAAAACAAUUUUUCGUAUUGGCUUAGUCGAUUUGGAUGGUGAUGGAGUCAGAAAAAUAAAUACUUUGGUGAUUGAUCAAAUGGGUAAUGAUUUUGUUAUCGAAAAUGGUUCAAUACCAUCAACAGAAACCUCAUCAAAUGAUCCUUUUUUUUCGGAGUCUGUUGAUAAUGAGCUUGGUUUUACUCUAAUAUCACAAACAAAUAUAUCCGUUAGAUCUCAUACCGCCGCAUUUAAUGAAAAUCCUCCUGCAAAGAAUCUAGUUAUGUGUCAUGGUUUUGGAGCUGGAUUAGGAUUUUUUUAUCGUAAUUAUCAUGCUCUUAGUCAAGUUCCAGGUUGGAGAAUAUAUAGUAUUGAUUGGCUGGGAAUGGGUAGAAGUUCUAGACCAAAAUUUAACGUGAAAGGAAAAACAGUCGAUGAAAGUGUUGAAGAAACUGAGAAUUUCUUUAUAGAUUCGCUUGAAAAAUGGCGACAAAUACAUAAAAUUGAAAAAAUGACAUUGUUAGGUCACAGUUUAGGAGAAAAAUUAUGGAAUGCUAAUCUUACACCACAAUCUAUUCUUAGGUGGACAGGUCCAUUUGGACCAACACUAGUUAAUCAAUACACCACACGUCGAUUUUCUCACCUUGGCGAGAUAGAUAGGAUUGACCUACAUGAUUAUCUUUAUCAUAUUUCUUGUGCGCCAGGUAGUGGUGAAUAUGCCUUAUCAAGAAUUCUUGCUCCUGGAGCUUAUGCAAGAAAACCAUUAAUUCAUCGAUUAAAUAAAUUGAAAAUGCCUACCACUUUUUUAUAUGGACAAGAUGAUUGGAUGGAUCAUCGGGCAGCAGAAGCAGCCGUUAAAACAAUGAAUGUUCCUACAAAGGUUAUAAUUAUUCCCGGAGCAGGUCAUCAUAUACAUCUUGAUAAUUCUGUAGACUUUGAUAAGGCCGUUGUAAAAGAAAUGUUAGAGUCAUCAUCUAAAAGAAAUAAGAAUAAUUCAAAUAAAUCAAAUUCGAAGGCUGUUUGCAUUUGUUGUAUACAAAAGGUUAGAGAUAUAGCCAUUGCACAAAUAACAUUACUAUCAAUAAAGCAAGACAAUCCUGUUAAUUGUGAAAAUUUUAAGUCAAAUUAUGCUGAUGAAAAGUUCAAGAAAUUUUAUACCCGAAGACUUAAAAAUUAUAAAAUUUUUCUUCCAGUAAA